GUACCAUACAUAAGUCGGUCUCUCGUUCCGCUUUCUUUGUUACAAAUGUUAAUCUCACCGUAAGAAUCAAGAAUUCUAUCAAUCAUUGUUACAUGAUAGGUAGUUAGCAAGUUAUCACGGAUUGAAAUAUCAGUGUUUGUUCGUAUUCUAUUUGAGGUUCUUCCGAUCGUGAUAAUCGUUCUGUUCUGCAUGUUCGAAUGGUUUGUCGGAUGUUUAUUUGAUUGUUCUUCGUCAGCGUUUUUGGUUCCCGCCAGUUUAGAUUAAUAUUAUAAUGGGAAGCAUUAUUCGGUGAGCAGGAUCAACUAGAUAGUAGGUUUUUGGGGUUAUUCGGUUGCACAGUUGCUCGAGCGAUUAAAAUUCGAAAACUACGGUGUGGUCAUUCGUAAGACGGUGAAAUCAAAAUGUGCGAUGAAUGGGAGGAUAAUGAUGCAACCGGAAAAUCUUUCGGCCAGUCAAACUACGGCGGCGGAGACGAUGCGCAGGACAGUGGUUUCGCGGAAAAUCGUCGAGGCGGAGGCGGCUUUCGAGGUCGCGGUGGACGUGGUGGCCGCGGAGGACGAGGUGGACGAGGAGGCGGCCGUAGCGAUUUCGGCGGUGGCGACAAUGAUGGAGAAUAUCAGAACGGAUACAGUCGCGGUGGAGGUGGCGGCUAUGGGGGGGAUGAUGACGCUAAUGGCCACGAGAACGGAUUUGGCGGCGGAGAUCGUGGCGGAUUUCGUGGACGUGGCCGCGGUGGUCGUGGAGGUCGUGGUGGACGAGGCGGCGGUCGCAGCGACUUCGGCGGAGGCGACAACGAAGGAGAAAACGGAUUCGGUCGUGGUGGCGGAGGGGGAGGCUUCCGUUCACGCAACGAUGACGAAAACAAUGAGAACGGCACGGAUGACCAGGUGAAAACGGAGAAGCCACGAGAACUGUACAUUCCACCUGCGCCUACCGAAAACGAGGACGAAAUGUUCGGCUCGGGUAUCAGUUCUGGUAUCAACUUUGACAAGUUCGAUGAAAUCAAAGUAAACGUAACGGGAGAGAACCCUCCUAGCCCAAUCAAGUCGUUCGGCGAUUCGGGUCUACGAGAUUAUUUGCUGCAGAACAUUCGCAAAUCGCAUUACACGAAACCUACUCCGAUUCAAAAGUAUGCUAUUCCCAUCAUCAUGGACAAGCGAGAUUUAAUGGCCUGUGCCCAGACCGGUUCUGGUAAAACGGCCGCGUUUCUGCUACCUAUGAUCAACACGCUGCUGAAUGAUAACGCUGAUAUGGUCCCUGGAAAUCCAUUCGUAGUCAUCAUUGCUCCAACACGAGAAUUGGCGCUACAGAUUUUCAACGAAGCCCGCAAGUUUGCGCUUGGAACCGUUCUCAAGGUUUGCGUUGCCUACGGAGGAACCGCUACCCGUCAUCAGAUGGACAACAUUCAAAAUGGGUGCCACAUUCUUGUCGCCACGCCCGGUCGUCUGUUGGACUUCGUCGAUAAGCAAGCAGUAACGUUUGAACGGGUAAAAUUCGUGGUGCUCGAUGAAGCGGAUCGCAUGCUUGACAUGGGUUUCAUGCCAUCGGUUGAAAAGAUGAUGAACCAUGAAACGAUGCGGCCUAAAGAGGAACGACAAACGUUGAUGUUCUCUGCCACGUUCCCCGCCGAAAUUCAAGAAUUAGCUGGUCAAUUUCUGAACAAUUACAUCUUCGUCGCGGUGGGAAUUGUCGGAGGUGCCAGCACGGAUGUGGAGCAGACGAUCCACCAGGUGUCCAAGUUCCAGAAACGUAAAAAGUUGGAGGAACUGUUGGAAGCUGACGAUCCAACCGGAACAUUGGUGUUCGUUGAGACCAAGCGUAAUGCUGAUUACCUGGCGUCGCUUCUGUCGGAAACUAAAUUUCCAACAACAUCCAUUCACGGAGAUCGAUUGCAGCGUGAACGAGAGGAAGCCUUGCGAGAUUUCAAAUCUGGAAAAAUGUUCAUCCUGAUUGCCACAUCGGUUGCUGCACGAGGGCUGGACAUUAAGAAUGUGGCCCAUGUAGUUAAUUAUGAUCUGCCCAAAAGCAUAGAUGACUAUGUGCAUCGCAUUGGAAGAACUGGCCGUGUUGGCAACAAAGGCAAGGCCACGAGCUUUUACGAUAUGGAAGCAGAUGCCGCAAUUGCGCCAGAUUUGGUCAAGAUCUUAACGCAAGCGGGCCAACAGGUGCCCGAUUUCCUAGAGGGUCUUUCCACAGGUGGAGGUUCGUUCGGUGGAGGAAGUCAGUUUGGCGGACGAGAUAUCCGUUCUCGGGAUACUGGCGGAUCGCGCGUCGACGCGCAGCCCAAACAGAUGGAACCAGAAGAAGACUGGGAUUAAGGUUAGGGCCAUUUAAUGCGCAUUCACUAAGAAGUGUUAAGAAUCAGGUUGAACUUUUUGUUUUCAUUUUUAUGUUUUAUGAUGUACAUUCGUAUGAAGAGUGUAAUGACCUUUUCCAAACAAGAACUAUAAUUGAAGCUGAAUGUUAUAAACAAUGUUGGCUAGAAAUGACAGAUAAACAAUAAAACGUUGCCAGUGGUGUUUUCUAACGCA